AUGUUGGAAAAGAAAGAUAUCACAUUUGCUGAGGUUCGAAAAAUCUGUGAGCAAAGUGACGAUUUGUGUGCUGCCACAAAUGCGGAUACUCCUGUGUUAUUCCAUCGGCGAUCAACGAAACCCUUACGCGACGCACCCAAUGUUCAUAAUUCACCCCAGGUUCCUCAAGUACCCAGUUCAAACCAAACACAACCGAAGGCUGCGACCAACCGCUGCUUUUCGUGUGGUGAAUACCAUUUUCGUUCGAAUUGUCGGUUCCGUAAUGCCACUUGCCAUGCAUACGGUAAUAUGGGCCAUAUUCGCAAGGUGUGCCGAAUGCCCAAGUGCAACCUCGUCAAUUCCCAUAUCCCAACGGCAGAUGAGAACUCAAGCCCAAUCUACACGCUGCAAACCACCGAACCCAACAGCCGGUUUGUGUUCGCCCCACUGAGGUUCGAGUUUGGUGUGGAGCAUCGAUUCAUCAUGGACACAGGAAGCAGCGAAUCUAUCCGACCGAAAUCAGCACUCAUUGCAAUUUGUCCCAAUGCUGUUCUAGCCCCGAAUUCAGUGCGCAUCCAUGGGGUUACCGGCCAUCAAUUGCAAUUACUUGGCGUUCAAUCUGAGUCCGGUGUGUCAAUCCCGACCCAGUUCCUGGAAUUAGCUCACAGACCGUCCAUUCUGGGCCUGCGAGCAAUGCGGCUACUACAAGGGAACGUGGCUAUCAAGCCAUCCAACUGUGUGUUUGGAGUGAGUGAGUUGGAGUUUCUAGGAUUCACAUUUGAUUCNCGUCCCGAUUCGACACGUUUCAAACCAUUGAAUAACAUCGAAUCUCCAAAGGAUCAAACGCAUUUGAGAUCCAUGAUGGGAUGCCUACAGUACUAUUUCCGAUUUAUCCCAAACUUUGCCACAAGGGCGCAGCCGCUUUUCCGUGCUCAGUGUUCAGACGCUUGGGAAUGGUCGGUGGAGUGUGAAGAUAUCUUACGUGAUUUAAUUCGCUGCGUUACUGAUCGUCCUGUUUUGGCCCCGUUUUCACCAUCAAACCUACUAUGCUCAUCACCGAUGCGUUCGACGUCGGAAUUGGUGCUGUAUUAA